CAGAGGCGUUGAGAGCGAGCAGAUGCAGCGUCCAAAACAAUGCAAGUCUUGUUCGUGUUCGCUUUUUUCGGUGCCAUUUCCGGAAAAGAGCGCAUUUGGCGUUUUGUCAGUGAUAUAUCGAGUCCGGAGAACUGGCAGGGCGGGGGAUUGGCGACAGGGUGCAAAGGGGUGCAUUUUUCGGCGGUUAACACAGCUCCGGUGUAUCUAAGAGAAUUAACAACACCGGAAAUUGUGUUACCGGAGGAUGGGGAGGUGGAUUUGCUCGAAGGGGGCGCGAUUGAAUUCAAGGAUAAUAAGAAAUGUAUAAAAUUAAAGCCCAUCGACUACCAUUCAUGGUACGAUUCCGACAGCUGGACCACCCCCACAACCAACCCCGCCAUCCCCCACAAACAGCGCAUCCCCUGCCUCCAAGACGCCGUCACCUUCCCCAACAUCGAACACGCCCGAAUUAUCGAAGACCUCGGAACCACAAUUCAAAUAAGUUCCCUCAAAUUCUCCAACAAAAUCAUCGACAACUCCUUCCUCGAAAACUUCAUCGACUCGAAAAUAGGCCACGACGUUUUUUACAACCCUUUAGGGCCCUUUAGCCUCAUCAUAGACAAAACACAAUGCGACGACCCUUACGGCUGUCUGUGUCACAACGAAUUCGUCCCUUGCCCACUCAAAAAAACCCAAAAAAAAGUGCAAUGUCGGGAACCAAUCGAACCGGAAGAAUUUUGCGAAGCAAUCUGUGGAGCUUAUGUUACUUAUGAGCCAGGAAGUGGGCCAGAUUUGAAACAAUUGAGAGAGAAAUUAAGGGAGUUUGAAGUCAAUACGUGGGCGAGUCGAGUCAAGAAUUAUUUGGGAAAUCAAGUCAUUCAGAUUGUUUUCACUGAGAGGGAAUUUACAGGAGAAAGUCACAAAGAAGCCGAAGUUUUGUACGAAUUUUUGAAAAUUCGGGACACAAAAAAAUUGCAAAUUCUCAAAUCUGGGGAGUUUUAUAUUGAAGGUGGGGGUUCCCCGACUUGGUCCAUUGUUUUAGGGAGUUUGUUAACAGUUGUGGGUUUUUUCGCAUUAUUGUUGUACCUCCAGAGUGACAAUAAUGCGGUUAUGGUCGUCAUAAACAGGUAUCACAAGCGAGGUUCGAUCUUUAGUGUCCCAUUUUUCGCCCGUUUUGACAACACUGACGAAAAUUUGAUUAUCGAUGGCCAAUCAGAGACCGGAUCGAUUCUGGACAUUGCUAAAUCUUUCGAUAACCCAAUGUAUGGGCAAAGUACCAGCACCCAGCACGAAAACCCAGUGUAUGAGGACGAUGGGCAAAGCCCUAGACCUAGCACUGAAGUUACAGAACACGAAAACCCAUUGUAUGAAGUUGAAGAAUAAUAAAUAUUCCCGUCUAUUA